AGCAGCACGGAGUUGUGUGGUGAACGCUGACUCUCGAAAAGUAAUAAUGCGCCAAGCACUAUCCUAUUUGCUUAGAAAAUUUGACAAGUCGGGCCCGUCAACAUAGAGAAUGCAACCCAUCGACACCAUACCAGCGUCGGGUCACACGAUAGCUGUUGAAUUCAUCCUGGCCUUACCAAAGGUCAGGCGAUCCGAAAUUUGGGCACUACUAGGAGACGGAUUCGACUCGAUAAUGUCAGUGUCCGGUCAGUACGAUAAAAGGACUAUGGCAGCCCCAGGCCGAUCAGACUGGACAGCACAACAAUGGGGAUGGCCUGGCAGAGAGAAAGAAUCAGAGGUUAGAAUUGGCAAUUUGAUACCAUAUCGCAGUGGACGAUCAAAUCCCAUCGACCGACAUCCUGCCUGCACUACAGCACCACCUAAACACGCUAUACCUACACCGACACGAUUAAACGAUCCCUCCUCGAACUGUUGACAGGACACAAGCCCAAAGACAACUCUAGACGUCGUUUUCGGAGAAGACCGUGAGUACAAUGAGGAAGCGAUGAGGAUGUUGUACAAGGAAGCAGACACGGCAUCGACUCACGCAGCAGCAAACACCAAGAUAAGGUAUACCUAACGCGACCCACGACUACCGAAGCUUCAAUAAGAAGGGCAAAGUCUACCUACCUCAAGCUACAUCAUGACUAGCAGCUUUCGGGAAAUCUGAAUCGGAAGUGACCGCGACAGAG